UUAUGGAAUGGUCGAAGAAACAAACAACUUAAUUGAUUUGUAUAGUACAAAGUAAGUUAAUAUUCAAACCUUUAUUUUAAUAUUAAAUUUAAAUAUCAUUCAUUGUACAUGUAUGUUUCACUAUCACAACAUAUACUGGAAUGGUUUUCUAAAGGUGCACCUGAGGUUCUCACAGUUAUGCUAUUGUUUGUUGUUAUGUGUGAUUUUUGUUCCUGGGUUUGUCUUUGUCCGAUGGCUCAUCCUUCUGCCUGACUUAAUGCUUUGAUUGUCUACUAUACCUUUUAGGGAUGGACCCUUCCUCUUAAAAGGGAAACAGUCUUUGGGAUUGACUCCUGAUGAAGACAUUGGACCAGUUCAACAGCGCAGAGGAGAAUCAUUCUCAUCAGCACGACAAAAACUGAUAGAUGAGCUUAAAAAAAGUCUUCAAAGUCGAUUUGAAUGUGUUGCUGUGAUCCAGGCCAUGUCAAUAUGUAAUUUUAGGUCUUGGCCUGUCCAAAGUGAUGACAACAAAACUGAGAUAGCAGGUUGAAGCCUGAUUCAUGCUGCAUGUGAUAUCCAAGCUGUGUUGAAUUGCUUAUUUUAAUUUGUUUUGUUAUGUUUAGUUUUAUUGUUAGAAUUUUAUAGUUUAAAACAAAAUUAUGUUUGUUCUUUGCUAGCUCAAGUUUUUCAGGGUAAAGGGGACACAACCUUAAAUCCCCAAACCAUUUUUUUACAAAAGUAACACCAUAUUUUGAGGUCCCAGACGGGACCCUACAAUAUUGUGUGUUUGACAGCAUCCAGACUUAUAAUUCAUAGUUGUUAUACUUUAUGCAUGUCUAACAUUUGUUUUUAAUUUGUUUUCAGAGUUUCAGAAUUUGUAUUACUAUAGCAUUUUCUUCAAUCUAAAAAUUUAUUACGAUACUUACUUUUUAUCUUUUAAAUUUGUUUCUAGCCUCUACAUUGAUAAUGAUAGAUUAAAUGAUAUUGUUAUACCAUGAGCAGCAACGUUUAAUUGUACAAAUGCUUGAAACAUUUCUGCAUAAUUUAACCAUGAGUAUAUAAACAUUAUUUUGACAUAGUUUUAUUUUUUAAACAGAUUUUGGUGAUGGCAAGUUGAGUCAGUUGAUUGAUCACUUUGGUCCUUGUCUUGAGUCCAUCAAUACAGCUGAGGCUGUUUUUGAAUGGAGUGCCAUGAAAACUGCAUUAUACUCCAGUGAUUUGGUUAUCAAAAGCCUUACUUGGCAGAGGGUUAAUGAGAUGCACCUGGAAAACUAUGGUAACAUCUUGGCUAUAAUGGACCUUAUCCUAACAAUUCCUGGUUCAUCAUCUGAAUGUGAGAGAGGUUUUCGUCAAAUGAAAUCUGUAAAGACAACUUUCAGAUCUUCUUUAAAUGAAGAGUCCUUAGCCAGCCAAAUGACAAUCAGGCUCCAUUCACCACCCAUAGAAAAGUUUGAUCCUAAGCCAGCCAUUCUCCUAUGGAACAGUGGUGUCAUAAGAAGACCCAAUUUCAAGGAUGUGGCACAGCAGGACAAAAUAAAAGAGGCAACAGUCAAUGUCACCAAGGAAACAACAGCAGCAAUCAAUGAACAUUUAGCUGAAGUCCAUGAGCCAAUUCUAACUGAAGACAUCGAGCCAGAGCCUCAGUAUAUAAUAUUAGGAUGUGAAGAUUCAGACUAUUCUGAUGACGAAGAAUAUAGUACAGAAUCAGGUGUCUUCAGGGCCAUGUGCAGAGAAGGACUGAUUGAGGAAUAGAAAAUUAUAAUAAUAUUAAAAUUAUUGGUCUU